GAAGAGGAUCAGCCCCACUCGAGUGCCCCCAGAGCCUCAUGGGAAGAAAGGAUCCUUAGAAAAGGUGGUGACUGUGUCUCAGGAGGAGGAUGGGAUCCAAUCGAGCCUUUGCUUAGGAGGGAGUAUAAAAGAUUUUCCAGUACUUGGAAUCGACUGUGAGUGGGUGAAUUUGGAAGGCAAAGCCAGUCCUCUAUCACUCCUUCAAAUGGCCUCUCCAAGUGGCUUCUGUGUCUUGGUUCGCUUGCCAAAGCUGAUCUCUGGAGGAAAGACACUACCAAAAACAUUACUGGACAUUUUGGCAGAUGGCACAAUCUUAAAAGUUGGAGUAGGAUGUUCAGAAGAUGCCAGCAAGCUUCUGCAGGAUUAUGGCCUCGUUGUUAAGGGGUGCCUGGACCUCCGAUACCUCGCCAUGAGGCACAGAAACAAUUUGCUCUCUAAUGGGCUUAGUCUGAAGUCACUUGCUGAGACUGUUUUGAACUUUCCUCUUGACAAGUCCCUUCUACUUCGUUGUAGCAACUGGGAUGCUGAGAAUCUUACUGAGGACCAGGUCAUUUACGCUGCCAGGGACGCCCAGAUUUCAGUGGCUCUCUUUCUCCGUCUUCUUGGAUACCCUUUCUCUAGGAAUUCAACUCCAGAAGAAAACAAUGACCGCACCGGCUGGCGAAGAGUCUUGGAGAAAUGCCAGGAUGUGGUGGACAUGCCAUUCCGAAGCAAAGGGAUUAGCAGAUCGGGAGAAGAAGUUCACGGGGAAGCAGCAGAAGCUCCGCAGAAGCCAAGAAACAAGAAGUCCAAGACCGAUGGAGCGAUGCCCGGCACCCACCAAGGGAGAGACCCCAGAAAACAUAAAAGAAAGCCCCUGGGAGUGGGCUAUUCCGCCAGAAAGUCACCCCUCUAUGAUAACUGCUUUCUCCACGCUCCUGAUGGACAGCCCCUCUGCACUUGUGAUCGAAGAAAAGCUCAGUGGUACCUGGACAAAGGCAUUGGAGAGCUGGUGAGCGAAGAACCUUUUGUGGUCAAGCUACAAUUUGAACCUGCGGGGAGACCCGAGUCCCCGGGAGACUACUACUUGAUGGUUAAAGAGAACCUGUGCGUGGUGUGUGGCAAGAAGGACUCGUACAUUCGGAAGAACGUGAUCCCGCACGAGUACCGGAAGCACUUCCCCAUCGAGAUGAAGGACCACAACUCCCACGAUGUGCUGCUGCUCUGCACCUCCUGCCACGCCAUCUCCAACUACCAUGACAACCACCUGAAGCAGCAGCUGGCCAGGGAGUUCCAGGCCCCCAUUGGCUCCGAGGAGGGCUUGCGUCUGCUGGAGGAUCCCGAGCGCCGGCAGGUGCGCUCUGGGGCCAGGGCGCUGCUCACCGCCGAGAGCCUGCCUGCCCAGCGCAAGGAGGAGCUGCUGCAGGCCCUCAGAGAGUUUUAUCACACACACGCUGUCACGGAGGAGAUGCUUCAGGAGGCUGCCAGCCUGGAGACCAGGAUUUCCAAUGAAAACUACGUUCCUCACGGGCUGAAGGUGGUGCAGUGCCACAGCCAGGGCGGGCUGCGCUCCCUCAUGCAGCUGGAGAGCCGCUGGCGGCAGCACUUCCUGGACUCCAUGCAGCCCAGGCACCUGCCGCAGCAGUGGUCGGUGGACCACAACCAUCAGAAGCUGCUCCGCAAAUACGGGGAAGACCUUCCCAUCAAGCUGUCGUGAUCGCUUCUUCCCUCCCAGGUUAGGACGGCUGGGCAACUGGAGCCAAGGGUGAAAAGUCACCUCUUCCUCUUUUAAUGUCCUGGUCAAAGCCUGGUGACACAACUCACAAUACUAACCGGUAUUGAUCCCAGGAUGCUUCUGGGGGAGCUUAUGGUUUUGAAUUGUAGGUGGGCAGGGUGAAAUCUUUUUUCCACUCUCUUACUUUCUUUUUGUGGACAAGUCGGGGGCUUGGCCUUCAUUUUACUCUCCUUCUGCUUCCCCUGUGCAGACCACAGUGAAAGGCUCUCCCUGGUGUGUCUUGUCAAGACUCUUAGGUUUUUAACACUUUUCUUCCCAGGCCAGCAGGUUGGUUUUAUCUCCAACAGGAGCCAUCACAUAUUUCAAUGCCAUCAGGCUAGGAGGGGGAAAACGUUCUUUCAGAAGUUGGGGGUGAGCAGGCGUCCGAUGGACUUUCCCAGUUGAAGCCCCUAGUUAGAAAUCCUUUGGCUUAAUGCUCUCCCACACCUCACCUGGUUGGGAUCCAGCCUGGGUAGGUCUCUGGGGUUUCUGUGAUGUGCUUGAAAAUGUUCCCCUGCACACAUUCGGGACCAAAGCAGCUACUUCCUGCCACACGCUCCCACCCUAACGCUGGAGGGAAUCCUUUUCUGGAAAGAGGCCUUCAACUUGGGUGGGGCAGAGAGAAGCACAAGCCCCUUCUCCCGAAAGACCUGGGAUAAUUUGCUCAGCUUUCCCUUUCGUGCUCUUCGUCGUCUGCUCGUUUGCAAUCCUCCUGCCCGGAACUGUAAGGCUUUUAGCCUAAUCCCCUUCUGAGAGGAAGAUUAUCUCUUCUCAGAAUCUGUACCACAUCCCAUCAGUGGUCUGUCUUCCAUCAUAUUUGCAGCACUGACCUCUUUUAAGCUCUUAAUUCCCCCCCAGGGUUGUUUGGUCAGGUUGCAGUGAGGGUAUUUCUCCACCUCCCCUCACGCCCCCUCAUGCCCUGAGAUUAAUGAAUACCUUUCAAUGUUCAAAACGGCGGUGUUUCGUCCUUCCACAUGGGAGGCCACCACUUUGAGCAUGAAAUCAGUUUACUAGUGUUCAGUAUUUUUUUUAAACGAUUUGGAAAACUUUCUUACCUUACAAGAUCUUCACAAGUUUCAAAAUGACUUUUAUGGCCAGAAUCCAACAAGAGCUCUCUUUUCGGAAUUGUGCCUGAGUUGGUGAUGGUUGCUCUAACAUUGAUAAAUAAAACUUCUAAGCACAAAGUUCA